GGCCUCUUAGUGCGGUGUCAGGAGGGGCAAGGUUUGGGAAAUACCAGCUCAGCUUCAUUUCCUCUUUGUUGCUGCUGGACACCAACUUGAUUUUUGAAGUAGCCACUGCAAGUGAAGAGGAACUCUGCAAGAAGCCAGGGAGAGGCGUUUGGCUAAGGGAUUACAGGCAAGACAGGGCUGUGGUCAGAAUUCCCUGCAAGGCUUUUUCCUUCCUCUGACAGUAGAAAGUUCAGCAAAGGAGCUUGGACCCUGCCCCUCUGGGGACUGCACAGAGGAUGACCUGCAGAAGAAGGCACUUGGAGACUUGGUCCAGGCCUGGGUCAGGAAGACUCGGCCCCUCAGUUCUGCUCAGCCUGGGGUUCCUACUAGCUGCUCUGGUGGCUUCUGUUCAUGUUUCAGGUAAAUGUAAUCCACCUCCAGAGCUUAGGACUGUUCAGCUCCAGUGGCAAUUCAGAAACCAGGAAACUUUCGCUUGGAAGGAAAGUGUGAGCUUUGAAUGUCGCCCAGGCUACAGCGCUAAGCAGCGUCAAAUCCGCCAUGCAAGAUGCCAAUCUACUGGAACCUGGUCAUUGAUCGAGGAAUAUUGUACCCAAAUGUCAUGUCCGGAUCCAGGAGAGUUCGCCAAUGGCAGAAUUAAUCAAACAGAUGGAAACCUGUUUGGAUCGAAAAUGAAUUUUGUUUGUGAUGAAGGUUUUCAAUUAAUAGGUUCAUCGACUAGUCAGUGCAAGGUUAUGCCUAUGCAGAAGACUGUUCACUGGAGUCCUGAACUGCCACAAUGUAGGCUGUCUUGUGCAAAUCCAGUUGUGUUAAAUGGAAGUCCAACAAAGAUAAGCAAUCAUUACACCCCUCUGGACACUGUCACCAUCCAGUGCCAUCCUGGAUUCUAUCUUAGUGGACCUCAGACUGUCACUUGCUCAGAGAGUGGCUCCUGGGAGCCUGAGUUACCCACCUGCAAGAAGGAGAUCAAAGGAGGAGUGAUCAGGACAGCAGAAGAGAACACUGUGGUCUUGGUUCAGGGAAAUGGAGACUAUAUACGGUUCAUUUCGAGAGUUAAUCCCUGGGAGUUGAUGCAUAUCAUUAAAAAUCUCUUCAGUGACUCCAAUUUAAUGCCUGUCAUUGCAGCUUCAAUCUCUUGCUGAGGGAGGGAAGAACAG